GAAGACCAGCUCAAGAAGCUGUACGGCGACAAGGCACCACUGAAGCAAUUCCACGACAAGCGGCUCAAGACGCGCACCUACUUCGACAGCGGCGACUACGCUCUGGCCAAGGCGGGCAAGGGUGACGGAGUUGAUGCCGGCGCCGUCGGCUCCCAGCACCCGGUCCCCGAGGACAUACCCCACCUCAACUCGCCCAGCAACAGUCACGUCCCGGGCAGCAACGUGCCCGGCGCCAACAACAGUCAGCAGCAGCUGCCGCAGCACCAUUCGAGCAUGAUCCAGCAGGCCGGCAGCCCCGUCAAAGAGAGCAGCUUCCUCCACCGCGAGACGAGCGCUGAUGAUGCCGAGGAG